AUGAACUAUGAGGAAAUUACAACAACGAUUCCUGGACCCGGAGUUUCCCAAGACGAUUGGAACGACGAAUUCCAAGGAUGCGAUUGCGAAACCCAGUGUUCUAUAGAGAACCAGUGCUCCUGUAUGACUGGCGCCACUGAUAAUUAUUCAGAAGACGGUAGAAUUGUUGCCACGUCAUUGCUCAUAGAAUGUUCUACAAAUUGUGCCUGUUGUCUGCUUCCCUACUCGUGUAGGAAUAAAGUUGUGCAGAAUGGAAUUAAAAAGAAGUUGAAGAUUUUCAGUACAUCCGAAAAAGGAGACGGUGUCCUUGCCGAAGAACCGAUUCAAAAUAGAGAAUUCGUUUGUGAGUACGCAGGAGAAUGUAUUGGAGAUCAAGAAGUAAAGAGACGAUGCGAAGUGUUCAAAGAAGAGGACAACUACACAUUGACUCUAAAAGAGCACUUUGGCGAAAAAGAAGUCAAAACUUUCAUCGAUCCUAGACUACGAGGAAAUAUCGGACGAUUUUUGAAUCAUAGUUGCGAUCCAAACUGUGAAAUCUUCGUUGUGAGGCUUGGAAGAAUGAUUCCGAUUGCUGCGAUAUUUGCAAAAAGGGAGAUUUCAGUUGGAGAAGAGCUGAGUUACGAUUACGGCGUUUCGGGAAUAGAUGGAGAUAAUAGGAAGCUGUGUCUUUGUCGAUCCGAGAACUGUAGAAAGUAUCUACCAAUGUCUGUUUCUCCAAUCGAAUAA